CAGUCGCUGCCAUACAAGCUGUGGGCAUAUUGGUCUGGCAGCGCUAUGUCAGGUUUCUGCCAGACGCCAUAUAAGCAAUGGAGGCGAGAACUAAACAACACUUCAAUGAUAGGGUAAGCGCCAAGAAACGCUGUCGGAGAUCGCGAAAAAUCGAACAGGAGUGGAAACCAGAUGAUGUCCGUUUGCUCAUCCGGCUCGUGGGACAGCGGAAAUUGCUAUGGGAUCCAAGCAAUCCGAAUCACAAGGAUAGCAAAUCGCGCGAGCAAGCAUUUCAAAUGAUAGCCAGCAAACUGGAUCGCACCCUGGCCGACUGUAAGGCCAAGUGGGACAAUCUGCGAGCCCAAUAUAGAAGCUAUCAGGCGAAGGCGACCCAAAACAUUGAGAUUAAAUGGCAAUACUUUGAGCCUCUAAGCUUUUUGCAUGAAGUCUGCGAGCCACGCAAGUCCAAAGCCAAUUCUUUACAGCUCGAACCGAAUGAUGAGGUUUCUAUCAAGCGCUCACCCUGACUGUCAUUGAUGGAAGAGGUGGACACCUGCUCCACUAUGUUCUCCUUGGCUGCGAAUGCUCCAGAACUGCACGAAGGAUCUUUAGCUGUAAGGGAGCCAAACACACAUUCUCACCAAAUCUUUGGCGAUUUUGUAGCCGACGAAAUGCGCCGCCUGCCGCCCCAUAUAGCUGAUGAGCUAAAGCGAAAUAUCCUAAAACUGAUUGUCGAGGCAUUGGACAGACAAUAGUUGAAAAAUAUAAAUAUAUUAUCCUAACUGAAUUUAUUUUAUUACCAAUUUUGAUUUCAUUAGUCUGUAUUUCAGUAUUUUUCGCAAUCUGUACAGAAAUAUACUAAUAAAACUAUUAAUCAAUGCAUUGUUAACAUACUGAAUUUAAUAUAAUAUUUAUUUUAAUUGAUAAAUGUAAAUGUUCUAUGAAAUGAAAUUCUCUAAUAAACAGUUGCAAACAGAA